AUCUCUGAUUGGUUGAGAUCAUCUUCCGGUGUCGGGAGCACUAACUGAAGUUUGAAGUUUGUUAAAACACAAGGUCAAAUUUAACAGUGAGGCGAAUGUAAAGCGUGGCUAAUAUUUUAAUUGAUAUAAAAUAAGUAACAUAAAGUGCUGGGAUAUUUAAGCGGUAUGGGCGACUCAGGCCUGGAUUAUAAUAUUGUGUUUCCCGAGCCUUACGCCUCAGAAAAAUACUGGUUUGGAAGGAAAGAGCCUGUUGUGAUUCUUUUGGGUUGGGCUGGAUGUAAAGACAAACAUCUUGCAAAGUACAGUUCUUUAUAUAAUAAACAGGGGUGUAUAGCCAUUAGGUACACUGCCCCAUCAAAGGCUGUGUUCUUAUAUGAGCCCUUUGGUAGCAAGCAACUGCUCAGCAUAGCUGGAAAGCUUCUGGAUCUACUUCUAGAUUAUGAGGUACAAGAAAAUCCCUUACUCUUCCAUGUGUUCAGCAAUGGUGGUUUUAUGCUAUAUCGUUACAUAGCUCAGCUUCUUCAUAGUGAUCCACAGUUCAAAAAUUUAAAAGUUGUAGGCACAGUUGUGGACAGUGCACCUGGAAAUCAGAACGUGGUGGGUUCUGUGCGGGCCCUCAAUGCCACUUUAGGCACAAAUACUCACCUUGUUAUAAGGUAUUUGGCAUUGGCUAUAUUCACCUGCAUGGUCUUCAUGUUACGAGUGUUGCUGUAUUCGAUAACCAAACACAUCCACGAGAAUCACUUUGAUGCCAUGCUAAAGGAACCUUCUAACUGGCCACAUCUUUACCUGUAUUCCAAAGCUGACCGAGUGAUUGAUCACAGGGAUGUGGAGAGAAUGGUGAAGGCACGACAACAGCAGGGCUUUCCUAUAAAAAGUGUCGACUUUGUCACAUCUGAGCAUGUCAGUCACCUCCGAAUGUUUCCUGAACUGUAUUCCAAACAUUGUAUUGCUUUCUUGGAUAGCUGUAUGCUAAGCUCAGCUGGAGCACGCAUAAAGGUUUUUUCUGCUGCUCACAAAUAAAAGUAUCCCUGAAAUUGUAUAUAUUUUUAACUUUUUUUUUUUUUGCAAUUUAAAGCAUAAUGAUUAAAAAUUGAUGGCAUAUACUGUAUAUUCUAAAAGAUUAUCCUAUGAAGGCAGUUGUGUUGUAAAUGCACUGGAAUGUUUUUUAAUGUAAUACUAAUUAUUAGUAAUAUUUUAAAUCUUUUUUAUGAGAUGAAUAAAAAACUAAAUGAAGUUUCAGCUAUAAUGCAAUUGAAUUAACUUAAUUCUUCAAGUGUUUUUCACACAUGGCAGGCUCAUAAUGCUUACACAGAUGUUAAUUUUGGAUUCUGCUACUUUCACCAUCUAGGAUUUGAAGCCUGUAGCAAAUAAGUGAGUCCAUGAUAAACCCUCAAGAAAUAUAGGAAAAAUUUUAAAUCAGAAAUUUUACAUUUUCUUAUGGGUCAUGCAGUGCUUCACACUGCUGUCUUUCAGCUCCAGAGUCCUGGGUUUGAAUUCCUGCUAAGGUACUGUAUGGUCUGUGUGACAUUUGAGCCUAUUUCUAGUUGGGUUUUUAAUUGGUACUUUUUCUCCCACAUAAUAUUUGCCUAUUAAUUGAUGUCUCUAAGAAAUUAAUUUUAUGAAGUGUCAUUAGUGUGGUGGUGGGCUUGAAUGAUGAGGCAUCUAGAGCUUGUAUCUAUCUUGCACCUUAUGCUGCAGGUAUAGACUUCAGCCCAUGUGAUACUGGGUAAAUUUUGUUAGAUGGAUGGAGUGUUAAAAAACAAAAAAAGAGGUGGAGCUGCAAUAAUCUUCUUCUUCAAAUCAGUUGUAUGAUGUCAGUGGAAAUGUACAUCUCUGAUCAAUCAAUUCUGCAUGUUUGCACAUAGAUGAAUAGCAAAGGUAUGUAAAGUUCAUAGUGUGCACAAGAAGGCACUAUUGAAUUUGGUUGAAUAAAAUUUUAACUUUACAAAUAGUAUAAUUUCAUGUGAUGUGUGCUUAGUUUCAUUGUUAUUUUAAUUAUGUCGAUUUGCAUAUAUCAUCUUUUAUUUAGUCCUUGGUGAUAAUACUCCUGUAAUGUUGUUUUGUUUCAGCUAUAUUUUAUUAUUUUGAUGAAAAGAGAUUAAGUUUAAGUUUUCAGUUUAGAUAUAUAAAUUGGGGUGUACAAACUUUGGGGUUUCAUUACUCUCAUUGCAUUCAUUUUAGGCUAAAAUCUAAGUUGACCUCAAUUUAUAAUGCAACGUCUGUUUUAUUGUUUUAUUUUACCCUAUAAAAUUCAUAAUCUGUAGUAAAGUGUGCUUAGGUGUUUCUUCUUUUUAGUCUUUAAAAGAACACCUAUUGCCAUAUUUGGUCUUUUUUUAUUUUUAUUAUUUAUUCCAAAAUCUCUCCAUUUACAACAUCAGGUUCAUGAACAAGUCAUGUGAAGUGAGCUGCUAUUUGUCGUUACUUAAGCUUCCAAUAGCCAUUACUCACUCUUUUUAUUUUCCUCCAUGAAAGAGAGUUCUUAACCUGUAUGCCAAGGAGUGUAGUUCUUUAGAAUGAAAUUCACUGAAGCUGUCUACAUUUUUUUUUUUUUUUUAAAGUACACUGAAAGUCACCUUUAUUCUCAAGUAGAGUACAAGCUUGGGAAAGACGUUAAAGGAACUGACAAGUCAUCCACUGGGAGUCUAGAAUCAGUGUCCACUUUACAAAACUGAGAGCAGUAGAAAUGUGCAGACGCUGGUGCUCUCAAGACCUAGCGCAUUCAUGUUUUGAGUAUGAAUUUUGUACAACAAUAUGUUUUAUUGUUGCUUCAUAUGCAUGCUAUAAUGUGUUUGUUUGUUUUAGAUAAUACACUGUAUGAAAUGAAGAACCCUUAUUCAAAUAUCAAAUUCACCUGUCUGUAAACGUUUCUGUUAGAUUCGAAUAAUUGGGUAGAUUACUUACACUGUAUCUUAUUAUUUGCUACGGGGAAGUGGAUUUGUGUGAUAAUGUAAAUUCUUUUUAAAGUGUUUUUUUUUUUUUUGUUUUAUCAUGAUAGCAUCAAUACAUGAUUACUGCAAUAUAAAAAUGGUUACCAAAAUGAAGAAUAAACCUGAGUAAUAAAUCAAAAUAUUAACUGUGA